AUGACAAUGCCGGUCUCCGAACGUGCCCAGACCUUGCAUGACAAGAUGAUGGCCCUGCCGGAUAAGCUCUACUCGCAAGAAGCACUUCAAGAAUUACUUCAAACAAGCGACUUAACAGAGCUUUUGGAGCUCGUACAGGAGCUCAUGACUUCCAAGUAUGUCAAAUUGGUUAAAGAAGGUGGAGAAUUGCGAUUCCAGGCAAUCAGCAUUGUGGAGGCAUCGAAGUUCACCUCGAUGAGUGAUGACGAAGCGAUGAUUUAUUCAUAUAUCGAGGCUUCGGGUCGAGAAGGAAUAUGGACCAAGACCAUCAAGGCGAAAACAAAUUUGCAUCAACAUAUCGUGGCUAGAUGUCUCAAGUCUUUGGAGAAUCAGCGGUACAUUAAAUCCAUCAAGUCGGUCAAGCACCCUACUAGGAAAAUUUACAUGCUCUACAACUUACAGCCUUCCAUUGAAGUUACUGGUGGACCAUGGUUUACUGAUUCUGAACUAGAUACCGAGUUUAUCGACUCGCUUGUGUCGGUAAUUUGGAGAUUCGUUGCAUCCAAGACAUACCCUGCUGCAUUCCAACCACCCUCCCCCAACGUGAACCCAGUCCAGGCCAUGUAUCCAACAAGUAAUAUGGGCCUGGUCAACAUCAACGAGAUCCUGGACUUCAUUUCAUCGAACAAUAUUUCCAACGUCGAAUUGGUCAUAAAUGAUAUUCGAGCUUUGAACGAACUACUUAUUUACGAUGACAAACUAGAAGCAUUACCAUCCGUCCCAGACACUUAUAGGGCUACCUGGCUGAGCGUUUUAGAGGCUGGGUUUGGACGAGCAUACGAAGAAGACCCGAACAUUGCGCCAGACUUCAAAAAAUUGUUGCAAAAUAAGUCAUCCUCAAUCUUUGAACAUUUCAAGACGAUUAGACACCGAACCACAUAA